AGUUAUCACCUCCACCUCCACACAGUUUGCCUCCACAACCUACGCCUUAGACUCCACCUUCCUUCUCUUCUCCGCUUACCUCGUCUUCUCCAUGCAAGUCGGGUUCGCCAUGCUCUGCGCUGGCUCCGUCCGUGCUAAGAACACCAUGAACAUCAUGCUUACCAACGUCCUUGACGCGGCUGCUGGAGCUCUCUUCUACUAUCUCUUCGGAUUCGCUUUAGCUUUCGGCUCACCUAGUAACCCCUUCAUCGGACGCCGGUUUUUCGCCCUCGAGUCUUUUCCCAAUAGUGACGUUGAUUUUCCUUAUUUUCUGUAUCAAUGGUCGUUUGCCAUUGCUGCUGCCGGAAUCACUAGUGGGUCUAUUGCUGAGAGGACUCAGUUCGUGGCGUAUUUGAUAUACUCGUCGUUCUUAACCGGGUUCGUUUACCCGGUUGUUUCGCAUUGGUUUUGGUCAGAAGACGGAUGGGCGAGUGCUGGUAACACUCAUCCGUUGUUUGGGUCAGGUGUUAUCGAUUUUGCUGGCUCUGGUGUUGUUCAUAUGGUUGGUGGAAUUGCUGGAUUUUGGGGUGCCUUCAUUGAAGGUCCGAGGAUUGGAAGAUUUGACCACGAGGGCCGUUCUGUUGCAUUGAGGGGUCAUAGUGCCUCACUGGUGGUCUUAGGGACUUUUCUACUUUGGGUUGGAUGGUAUGGAUUCAACCCAGGUUCCUUUACUAAAAUUCUUGUGACUUAUGAUGGGUCACAAGCAUACUAUGGUCAAUGGAGCGCGGUUGGAAGGACCGCGGUCACUACUACAUUAGCGGGUUGCACGGCCGCUCUAACCACAUUAUUUGGUAGUAGAAUUCUUUCGGGUCAUUGGAACAUUACUGAUGUUUGCAAUGGUUUAUUGGGUGGGUUCGCGGCAAUCACAUCUGGAUGUGCUGUGGUCGAGCCAUGGGCUGCAAUAAUUUGUGGUUUUGUGGCCGCAGGGGUACUAAUGGGCUCAAAUAAUUUGGCAGAGCGAUACAAAUAUGAUGACCCGUUGGAGGCAGCCCAACUACAUGGCGGGUGUGGGGCGUGGGGGGUCCUUUUUACGGUCCUUUUUGCAAGCAAGAAGUAUGUCGACGAGGUAUACCCGGUCUCGGGUAAAGCCGGUCGACCAUAUGGUUUGUUUAUGGGUGGGGGUGGUAGGCUUUUGGCAGCCCAUGUUGUUCAAAUCUUGUCUAUAAUCGGGUGGGUUAGCUUCACAAUGGGUCCUCUUUUUUUGGUCCUUCAUAAGCUCAAACUUCUACGAAUAUCGCCCGUUGAUGAAAUGGAUGGUAUGGAUUUGACCCGACAUGGUGGAUUCGCUUAUGCUUAUAAUGAUGAAGGGGAUUCUAACCAACGGGUAGGGAUCCAAUUAAGGAAAAUUGAUGGAUAUGGGUCAACUUCAUAAUCUUACGCUUUCUAAAAGUGCUAGUUGUAGGCUUGUACCAUCAAUUAAAAGUUGGUCUUCUUCAAUUAUUGUAAAAAUCUUUUAGUUUCAAGUAAUUAAAAGUUGUAAAUGCAUAAAAAAGUUAACUCAUA